GACAUUAUGGGUGCCUCAAUUUCAUCGAGUGCGAGGCAGCUUGCGCAGCGAGCUUUGCCAGCACGCAGGCUCCAACCUUUGAGCCCAGCCGAAUUAGAUGCGCUGAACCGGCUCGCUGCGCAAGACCAGGCACGCAUGAAGGAGCUUCUCAGCAUGGAAGAAAUGAACACAAAGGACACAUCCUUGGAUCAGCUACUGAACAAGCUGGGCGGAGCCAUCGAGGGCAGGGAUUUGUCACCCGACGCACCCGCUGAGGCAUCAACCAGCGGCCGCGCCACGCCGGCUAUGCCGCCCGCACGGCCACGCGCCACGCUGAAGGCACCCUCAGCCGCGCCGCGGCGCCAGUCGCCCUCCGCGGACGACCAGCCGGGGCGGCUGCAGUCGUACGUGCUCAAGGAGAUCCUGGAGGCCCGCACCGCUGCGGCGCAGGAGGGCCGGGAGCUGGACCUGGCACCCUACGUCAGCACCUACGGCGCGGACCGCACCAAGCUGCUGACGCUCAUGGAGUUCAACUGCCUGCCGGUGGUGGGCAAGGUGGCCACCUUUGGACACCAGUACGCCUUCGCGCGCGCUCCCGCCUGGUGGGUGCGCGGCGGCCUGUCGGGCGCCAAGUACGUGUCGGAACCCACCUCGGCGUCAGCCUCAGCACCCGGCCCUGGCUUCGCUCAUGCGUCGCAAGCGGCAGCCGGGCCUGCAGGGGCAGCAGCCGCGGCGGCGGCGGCUAGCGGCAGCGGCAGGGCGGCAGGGCGGCUAGGGUCAAGGGCGGCGGGUGCGCAGCGGGCACCUGUGCCGGCGGACAGCAACAGCGGCGUGGGCGAGAAGGCGGAUGAGGAGCUGAUGCAGCGGCUGCUCGGCAACCCGGUGUCGCCGUCGGGGGCGGAGGGCGGCGGCCCCAGCGGCCCGUCCGCCAUGUUCGGGUCUGGGGCCGGGGCGGGGCGAGCAGCCAAGGGGAAAUAAUGGCAACGCCACCACGCUAGCGUGUUUGUGGUGGACGUAAGGUAGUUUUGUGAGCAGGAGGAGUUGGUCAAGAUGCUUUGUGUAUUGCGUGGUCAAGGCGGGCGCUGGGGACAUCCGUGGGGCACAGCUGAGAGUGAGGGUGUGCCGGAGCGCCGGGUUCCAGGACGCAGGAUGUAAGGUUGUGUCAGUGUCGAGCGCGACGACGAGUAGGAGUGAGCUGCUGGCGUAGUCGGCGACGGAGCUGCUGGACGGCUGAUACCGUAUGUUGCCUUUGCCGGAAAGGUGUGUGGGAGCCAUUACGCAGGG